AUGCGAACGGACGAGGCGUCUUUGAGAAAACGGCCGUCGGCCGACGAUCCAGAGACGAAUCUCGCAAUGUUCGGUUCGGAGCGGAGAGAGCUUGCCAUCUCAGACGCCUGGGAAGAUGAAGUGCGGUUCGAGGAAGCUGCGUUUCCGCAAGACGGACGUAGGAGCAUCUGCCGAGUUGCAGGGUCCAACGAGCAUGAUUGA